UAAAACAUGAUAAAAGAUAAAAAAUAUAUAUUUUUUAUUUUUUAUGAUACUGGCCCUUUAAUAUCAAUGCAUUGAGACAAUAAAGUUCUUAUCAUAAGAAGUUAAUGAUAAACGAUAAAUCUGACCCUUCAUCCAGUCUGACCAAACUGGAAAGGUUUGUGGUUUUAGCUCAGUAAAAUAUUGAAAAUGUUUUGGCUGCAAAAGUAUUCUGGAUGAACUUUUGCAACCAAAGUUGAGCAAUCGUGAUGUUUCAUUGGCGCGUUGCAGAAUGUUUCCCAGGAACGGCUCUGAAUCACAGAUUAGGUCCAACCAGCGGAACCACAUGAUUAAUCUGGCCUUGAUGCAAACCCACAUCUAAACUCCCAGCAUCAUGUUGCAACAUUAAUGAUUAAAAUAUGUUUUAUGAGUCCAGGCUUUAUCUGCGUUUGUCUGGAGCGCGGCCAGAACCUGCCGAGGAAAACCUGAAUCAUCUGUUCGCUGAAGGAGCCGAAACGCUGACGGCUCCAGGAAGCGCGACCCAAACGAUGAACUUUAACAGAAACGGUGUUUGGGUCGCUGCUGUGGGUGAAAAACACUCCAAAACAUGGGAACGUUGUGACUUAAUCCCAUAAUAAUCCCACAGAUGGGUUUGGUGUUCUGAUCUGACCCAUAAAUCUGGAAUUCACGUCUAAAAAUCCUCAUUGUUUAUUUCAGCUGAUUGUUUUCUGGGUGAAGAAAUGAGGAACUGCUGGUGACGUGAGAAUCAGACGCAUAAUUCCAACAUUCUGGGUUUAUUUUAGGGAAACUAUCCAACUAAAAGCCGCCAAUUCUUUCAAAGAGACGAACAGAUUAAUGGACGAUGUGAGGAUGAGAUUUUAGUUCCUGUAUUUUUGUGGGACAUAAACGUGGAGGAUUUUCCACUUUCAGGAGAAAAAACAGAAGUGUGGUUAUUCCCCUGUUUUGAGACGAUUCUGUUUUUUUAUUUUAUUUUUUUUCUACAUCACUAUACAUUAAAUAUAUGGCUGCAUUUUUAAAUGACCUCAGAAUUAAAAAAAAUAUAUUUCAGCAAUUUUUGUCCUCUCAAACUCAACAUUUCUCAUUUUUUUGAUGGAAAUUUACUCUGAACACAAAUAAUCAAAAAUAAUUUCCAUUCUGCUGAUUAAUAUUUUUCUGAAGAGUUACUUUGUUUCCAUAGACUUCAUCAUAAACUUCAAUAAAUGUUUUUUUUUGUCUUAUAAUUUUUGUUGUUUAGUUUUGGAUAUUUAAAAUAUCUUCCAGUUCCAGUGUUAAGUGUUAGGUACAAAAUUAAAGUUUAUUUGUCUUUGAGACAGGAAACUUGCAUUAUGACGCCCUUAUUUUUAAAACUGUUACUGUUUAAUAAUUUCUUGUCCAGGUGCGUUGUCAUGGUGACGACCUCUGCCCUGCGUGGCCUCCAUGUUGAAUCUGUAAACGUCCAGCCAGUUCUGGACAAUAAGGCUGAAAACACAAGAUAAUCGUUUCAUAUCAGAGUGUCGAUAAUUAUCUUUCCUGUUUCGUUGAGUUUUAAGUUUUAAGCGUUAAUCUGCCUGUUACCUAGCAGGUUGUUGCUAGGCAACCAAGGUGCAAGGGAGUUGAUGCUACCUGCUAGCUUAGCUAGCAAUGAUGAGUCUUUCCUCUGCCUACAUCUCCCAGAAUGCUGUGCGGUUCUAUCAAACAUUCAUCACGUUUAUUGCGAUAUAUAUUAUUAUUUAUAUAUUAACUACUCUGCAUCCAGCAAGAGAGAAUAAAAUAUACUUUAUUGACCACAAAGAUAAAUUAAAUAAUAGGACAGUUCAAAGGAUUAGAAUGGCCUAGUCCAAGUCCAGACUUAAAUACAGUGAAGAUGACGAUUUUCUCCUUUUCUCUUUCAGGGUUUUUAGGUUUGACAGUUGAAGCUUUGGCAGAUCUUGGAAAGGCCUGAGGGUAUGUUGAGGCACCUCGCCCGGCCAGAGAAGAGGUGUCUGGGCGGAUCGGACGGGGACUGACGGCGAGGAGGACAGACGAGAGACAUGGGCCAGUGCGUCACCAAGUGUAAGAACCCGACGUCGUCUCUGGGCAGCAAGAGCGGAGACAAGGACAGCACGUCCAAGUCCCACAAGCGGGUCGACAGCGCCAGCGGCGGCGUGCACAAAGACGACUGCAGCGCCCCCUCUGGGAAAUCCACCAGCGAGCUGCUGAAUGGCACCAAGGCCUUAGAGGUUACUGUGGAGACGCCGGUCAUCUCCGCCGCCAUGAGGGAGCCGUGCAGGGAGGACGGCGACGGGCUGUCCAUGGCGCGCAUCGACGAGCUGUUCGCGGGCUACAAGGACGAGCUGGAGGACGCCAUCUUGGAGGAGGGCAUGGAGCGGUUCUGCAACGACCUCUGCGUCGACCCGGCCGAGUUCCGGGUUCUGGUUCUGGCCUGGAAGUUUCAGGCAGCCACCAUGUGCAAGUUUACACGGAAGGAGUUUGUGGAGGGCUGCAAGGCCAUCGGGGCGGACAGCAUCGAGGGCAUCUGCUCCCGCUUCCCCUUCCUGCUGCUGGAGGCGCAGGGCGAGGAGAGCUUUAAGGAUCUGUACCGCUUCACCUUCCAGUUCGGCCUGGACGCCGACGAAGGCCAGCGCUCGCUGCAGCGCGACAUCGCCAUCGCCCUGUGGCGCCUCGUCUUCACGCAGGACUCGCCGCCCGUCCUGGAGCGAUGGCUGGACUUCCUGGCCGAGAACCCGUCGGGCGUGCGCGGCAUCUCCAGAGACACGUGGAACAUGUUCCUGAACUUCACGCAGGCCAUCGGGCCGGACCUGAGCAACUACAGCGAGGACGAGGCCUGGCCCAGCCUCUUCGACACCUUCGUGGAGUGGGAGCUGGAGCGCCGGAAACGAGAGGAGGCGGAGGAGGAGGCGGCGCUGACGAAGGACGAGGAGACGGACUGCCCCGCCUCAGACGGGCUGGACGCCGAGGGAAGCCACGGCGCACAGACGUGGGGGGGCCACUGACCUCAAAACUCCAGAUAUUUCUAUCAGAGGGAAGAAAAUGAUCUAUAAGUGAAGCAAACUUCUGGGAAUUAUUAGUAUUAUCAUUUCAGCUUUCGGUUUCGCUCCUGUUCGGUUCCUGCACUGCAAAAACACAAAAUCUCAUCCGUUGAUUUUGGUCGAGUUUCUACUGCAAAUGUCUUCGGACGGCUGAAAUAAGAGAAAACUAACUUACACUUAACUUUGUAGCUCAAUAUAAUUCAUUAAUAUUGAGAAUUAUCAAUGAAUUAUAUUAAUGAAAAUGUUCUUGUUCCAUUGGCAGAUAAUUUCACUUUUAAGAAAACAUUUUUCCCAUUUUCUGAGUGAAAUAAGAGAAAUAAUCUAUUACAUCAUAUCAGUAUUAAUGAACGACUUGCUGAAAACAAGAUCAUAACCUGGUGAAAUUUUACUGAAGUCAGUUUUGUCUUUUCCUAAGUAGGCCUGAAAGGAUUGUGAUAAAUUAUUUGAUGAUUGUAAUAAUUGAUCACAAUUAACUUGAUUAAUUGAAGUUAAUUUUCUUAUUUUUUACUGAGUAUUUUUGUACAGUUUCUACCAGACAAAAAGGAAGCUGCAAAUAUUUUAGUAAGCUUGAACUAAGACAGACUGUAGCUUGUUUUUAGUCAGUUGUUUCUUAAUAUUGAUGGAAAAAGUAUAAAUUUUACUGACAGAUAAUUUCACUCAUAGCAAAACAUUUUGAAAUAAUCUAGCACCUUUUCAUUGACAUGAUUUUUUUUUUUUUUUACUGGAAACAAGCUCAUAUCUUUAUGAAAUCAGCUUGUUUUAUAUUUCACGUAAAACAAAUCAGUUCUGUUUUAUUUGAAAUAUUGCUGAAAUGAUUAAUUAUGAUUAAUCGAUUAUUGUAAUCAAUUAAUCAUGAUUGAUCAACUUAAUCAGUUGUUUUUGUUUUCUUUCUUACCAAAUAUUUUGUCUGGUUUCUAGUACAAAUAUCUUGCUACACCUGAAAUAGGACAAAACUAACUUAAAAAUAAAAGCUUGGUUUUGAUAAUAUCCAUCAUACAGAUGGAAAGUUUGGCUCAUUAUUUCACUUGUUUCCAUAAGUGAAAUAAUGCAGAACAUUAUUAUCAAUGUUAAUGAGUUAUUUACCUGCAACAAGCUAAAGCAGCCAUUUGUUCCACGUGUUUGCGGUAGAAAAUAGGCCGACGUUAAUUGGUGACAUUGUGUUUUUUUGCAGUGAGCUCCAGUUUUCUCGUCUUCAAAGGGCUCUGAGGACUGUUCUUUUAAGCACUUCUUCUAUUUAAGUUAUUGUUUUAUCCGCUGAUGGUUUUAGUCAGUAAACAGGCUCCAUUUGUUGAGUUGGCUCCGUGAAGGUUUGGGCUGAAAUCUCCUCGCGUGUCGCGCUGCAGUGUCUGAAGGGUUGAUCGGUUCUGGAUUUACUUCUGCCAUUUCGACGCAGAAGCAUCACUUAGAUUUGUUUUUCUCUCCCCACUUUCUUCAGAUAUAACUAGAUUGGCGUUUGUGCAACGUUUGUGCCGCUGUGAUUUUAAAGACAUUAAUAAACGAGGAGAUCAAAGGUCAAUCAGCCCCAACAGAAUCAAACAUAUUUUGUCUGCAGGGAAUACUUUACAAACAUGGUGAAAUUAAUUUAUACCAAUAAUUUUUGGUUUUGUUUGUCCACACAAACUUUUCUCAGUAUUUGUAUUUUGUUGGAUUUUCUUAAUGCGGACCAGCUGGUUGACCUUUCAUAACCUCUGGAAACAUUUUUAAAAUCUUUAAACACUGUAAAAACACUAAACGUUACCACGUAAUUUUUGUCUAGUUUCUGGUGCAAAUUUCUUAGAACACUGUACAAAAAAAGUAACUUUUCAGCAAGAAAUAAGAGCUUGUUUUACGUUAAUAGUGCCUUGAUGUUGAUGAAAUGUUAAAGACUAUUUAAUAUUUUCCCAGGUUUUAAAUAGGAAAUGGGUUUGGCCUGCCAGUCGAACCAGAACCUGGUUUUUAAACUAACUAUUUUAUAAGGUAGUUUUGUCUUCUUUCAAAUGCAGGAAAAUAUUUGCACUAGAAACUAAUCCUAAAAUAUUUGGUGAGAUUUUGUUUUUGCAGUGCAACGUUUGUAAUUGAAGCAAUAAAAUGUCAGAUGUUGUUAAAUUCCUUUAAUCAAAAAUUAAACCUGUUGGUUAAAAAUAGACACAUUUUCAGGUUUUACUGCAGAAUUGCAAUAUUUCCACUGAUUCUCAGUCUAGUUUCUCAUACAAAUAUUAUUACAGAUGAAAUGAGACAAAUGAGAGGCAGAUUAUAUCACUUUCAAUGAGUCAUUUUCUCCUGUUAUAGGUGAAAUAAUGUAGCAGUGGAACUACAGUCUUUUCAUCAAUAUUAAGGAAUUAUUGACCUAAAAAAAAGCUCCCAUAAAUAACUGUAAAAUUACUUUUUAAUUAGUUUAGUCUCAUUUCAGGUGUAAUAAUAUAUUUGCACCAAAAUCUAGACCAAAAAUUUUUUGGUAAUAUUUUAUUUUUGCAGUGAAAUGACAAAAAUGUUUGCUUCUGAAAUGUUUAAUUAGAAAACGGAGGGAGCAUUAAUUUUUAUCAGUUUCAAAUCGAGGUCGUUUCCAUGGUACCAGCCUCAUCCUGUUUUUAUUUUUUCCUCCUGAAGUUGAUGUCCAGCAUCUUUCACAGACGGCAGAAACUCAGGCAGGAGUUUCCAAAGUAAGAGAUUAAUAAAAAAGAUGAAUAAUGCGAAUACUAAUGCUGCUGGCUGCUCAGACCAACGGCUGCUGAUUUGCUGUACUUGAAUGCUUUGCACAGAUCGAUGCUAAACACAUGAUUACUGUUCAGGCGGAGUUGAAUUAGACCUGCUGGGUGGUGGAGAGGAUGUGACGUCAUAGAGAUGGUGGCCACUUCCUGGUCUGUUUGGUUUACAUCUAAUAUGGUUUUAUUUCAAGCCCACUUUUUUAUAAAAAAUGUACUGAUUUAUAAUAAAUAAAAACAGUGUUGAAUUUUUGACCUUAAA